UUUCUUGAUACGUCUGCGGGCCAUCCGUCAUUGGCCAGCGCUAGUUGAGCGGGCGCGCGCCAAAACAUGUCAGCUCACCAACUUGGAGCCGGAAAGCAUGGCGCGUGCCAGCUGACGGACCGCUGCGCCGCUAGGCGAGACCUGCACAGACCCUUUCGUUUCAGACGUCGCCUUCUCGUCCGCGACGUCACAGUCGACGAUGCGUGCCUGUUCAGUCCGCGACUACGAGCGUGGGAUAGCAGCAGCCGCGCCGCGGCUGAGCGAGUGGCGCUGCAAUGCGAACGGACAAGGGAGGGCGGCCGCGGAGGAGGACAGAAGGGGGAGCCGUGCUCGGAUCAUAAGGAGGAGGAGAAGGAAGAGGAGGCUGGAAGGAGGAGGAGGCUACACGCAAAAAAAAACCUGGGCAAGAAUGACCAACCGUGCGAGGCUCUCGGGGGGCGCGGGGGGGCCGCACGGGAGCGCGCAAGACGCUACUGCCGCACCGCGCUCGGCGAUCUGGGGACCCCGGUGCGCCCGCACCAAAGGUCACUCCGGCGAAAAUGGGGAACCGAACUCUAUGCACCGACGCUGUUUCCUGCUCUGCACUGAGGCUUGCUCAAGAAAACGGAUCCUGAUGUCUGCGGGGUCUUGGUGUCUACAUGUCUCGUCG